ACCCCUGGGUAUCAUUAGAAAGAUUGGCUCCGCCCCCGGACGCCGGGCUAGAGGGGGUAAAAGGGUCCGCCUGGUCCUUGGCGGUCCCCACUCUUAUACCCACGCCUCCGCCUCCGGAGAGUUCCAACCAAAGCAUGGCGAGUCGGGAGAAAGCGAGUACCGCAGGCCACAUGUUCGACGUAGUCGUGAUAGGAGGCGGCAUCUCAGGAUUGGCUGCUGCCAAACUCUUAUCUGAACAUGAAGUUAAUGUUUUGGUUUUAGAAGCUCGGGACAGAGUUGGAGGAAGAACAUACACUGUGAGGAAUGAGCAUGUUAAUUGGGUAGAUGUUGGUGGAGCCUAUGUGGGACCAACCCAGAACAGAAUCUUACGUUUGUCUAAGGAGCUGGGCCUACAGACUUACAAGGUGAACAUCAAUGAGCGUCUUGUUCAGUAUGUCAAGGGGAAAACUUAUCCAUUUCGGGGAGCAUUUCCUCCUGUGUGGAAUCCUAUUGCAUAUCUGGACUACAACAAUCUGUGGCGGACAAUGGAUAAUAUGGGAAAGGAGAUUCCAGCUGAUGCUCCCUGGCAGGCCCCUCAUGCUGAGGAAUGGGACAAGAUGACCAUGAAAGAUCUUAUCGAUAAAAUCUGCUGGACAAAGACUGCAAGGCAGUUUGCUUCUCUUUUUGUGAAUAUCAAUGUGACCUCUGAGCCCCAUGAGGUAUCUGCCUUGUGGUUCUUGUGGUAUGUGAAACAAUGUGGUGGAACAACUCGGAUAUUCUCAGUCACCAAUGGAGGCCAGGAACGGAAAUUUGUAGGAGGUUCUGGUCAAGUGAGUGAGCGGAUAAUGGAACUCCUUGGGGACCGGGUGAAACUGAGCCAUCCUGUCACCUAUAUUGACCAGUCUGGUGCCAACAUCACCAUAGAGACACUGAAUCAUGAAUGCUAUGAGUGCAGAUACGUAAUUAGUGCCAUCCCUCCGACCCUGACUGCUAAAAUCCACUUCAAACCUGAGCUUCCAUCAGAGAGAAACCAGCUAAUUCAGCGUCUUCCAAUGGGGGCUAUCAUUAAGUGCAUGAUGUAUUACAAGGAUGCCUUCUGGAAGAAAAAGGAUUACUGUGGCUGCAUGAUCAUUGAAGAUGAGGAAGCUCCAAUUUCCAUAACUCUGGAUGACACCAAACCAGAUGGAUCACUGCCUGCCAUCAUGGGCUUCAUCCUUGCCCGGAAAGCUGAUCGACUUGCUAAGCUCCACAAAGAAAUAAGGAAAAGGAAAAUCUGUGAGCUGUAUGCCAAAGUGCUGGGAUCUGAGGAAGCAUUACAACCAGUGCAUUAUGAAGAGAAGAACUGGUGUGAGGAGCAGUACUCUGGAGGGUGCUACACUGCCUACUUCCCCCCUGGGAUCAUGACUCAAUAUGGAAGGGUGAUUCGCCAGCCAGUGGGCAGGAUUUACUUUGCUGGCACAGAAACCGCUACACACUGGAGUGGCUACAUGGAAGGAGCUGUUGAGGCCGGAGAACGUGCAGCUAGAGAGGUCUUGAAUGCUCUGGGGAAGGUGGCUAAGAAAGAUAUAUGGGCACAAGAACCUGAAUCUAAGGAUGUUCCAUCAGUUGAAAUCACCACCACCUUCCUAGAGAGAAACCUGCCUUCCAUAUCUGGCCUGCUGAAGCUCAUCGGGAUUUCCACCUCAGUAACUGCCCUCUGGAUUGUGUUGUACAAAUCCAAGCUGCUGCCACGGUCAUGAAGUUCCAACUUCUGGCCUUCUGUAUCCUUCUUCUCAGUACCAUCACCAUCACCAUCAAAAGGAAAAUGUGGAAGAACUAAAGGCUGUGUCAUUAGGCCAUUUAAGUGCACUUGAUUUAACCCUCCUCAGUUUAGUCUGUCUGCAUUAAAGUAAGAACAACCCAAAUAAUUACCUAAUUAAUUUCAGUAAGAUCAAGCUUCAUCUUGUCUAUGUAGACCAAUUUGUAUUGAUGGAUACAAUAAAACCUUGUGAUUGCUCUCUUAAUUUCAAAAAGUUAAUGUAAUGUGCUUAUGAGAAUUUUUGUGUCCCAUUCUUCCUACCUUUAACAAAAAAUACCUGAUUUCAGAAAUAAAGUGGAGUAGGUUAAGACUUAGCCUGUAAUUGUCCUUAGGCACUGGUGAAGUGUUGGUACAGAGCCCAUAGCCUCACAGCUUCCGGGGGUGACUGGCUCCUACUUUACAUAAGGAAGUAGAUAAGCCGGUGGGGGCAGGGAUAUGUGGUUCCUUCAGACCAGGAUGGGGACAUCUUGCAGUCUGAUGCCCCAGGAAUCUCCUGGCCACUUCUAAUUUCUGUGAAUUUUCUAGACAUCUAGCCUCAGUGCUAGGUUUUUUUGUACAUUUUUCUCUUUUACAUCUUACAGAGGAGAGUGUUUACCGAGUUCAAAUGUUUAACUUGAUGAGCAGAAUAAAAUCACAGCAAGAGGCCUCCCUGACUAGCUUCAUGUGAAACCAACUACAAAGGGCACCUUCUUUUCCCUUUGGAACAUGGUUAGACAUCAGUUGAUCCCUAUUAGUGAUAACAUACUAUACCAGUUUUAGGAAAGCAGUAUUAUUUCAUGUGGUUCUUUACUACCUGAAGACCCCUAGAGUCAUAUACAUUUUCCUUUUGUUUUUAUGGCCAUAGAAUUAGACAGAUCCCUUCACUUACAUGUCUUAAACAUGGUUAAAUAUUAGCAUGUCAAUUUCUAUCUAGUACUGGAAUAUACAUGAAAAAAUCCCUGAUUAUUAUUUAUAGAGACUGUCAAAUACAGAAAGGGCUUUAUAAGAUAACCUCCCUUGCUUUAAUUAAGUUUUAUAACAAACAUGAAAUUGAGUGAUUUUUACAUAUGAAGACUGAGUUCUCUAUCUUAGGAGCAAUGUGGGCUCAGAACAGUGCCCGCCUCUUAUCUUUCUCAUUUGAAAGACUUGUCAUGUUUUUAGAAACCCCUCCCAAACAUUUCAACCAUAAAAUACUUCUUGUUAAAAUAUAUAUUUUUAUUUAAGAAAAAUUAAAGAAUACCUGAAGAACUCAUCCAACUCGAGUUUAUUACAUCAUUAACCUUAUCUUAAAAGCAAACUUACAUUUCUGGAUCCCGAUAUGAGGACUUAAGGUCUUCCAAAGCUUUGCCUAUCCUAAGAGCAAAGAGCUAAAUUUUUCUGCCACUCUUUAUUUUAUAAUUCAAAAGCAUUUUUUUUUGCUAACUUAAAAGUUUCAUUGAUGUCUUGGAUAUAUUGCAGUUCAUAAGGAAAUGCUGCAUAUUAUAUCAAAUAGCAGUGAGAAAUCACAUCCCUAAUCUCUUGCAGUUGUUUCUAUUCACUUACUGAUUAACUCAGUCCUGACACACCUUGGGAAAUGUUGAUUUAAAUGUCUGAACCAGUAACAGUUUUCACAGUAAUCAGAUUGUUAACAUAUUGAAAUCUUGCAUGUCGAAGGCCUCCUGAGUGUGAAGUUUACCCUCUUCUCCCAUGGUUUAGAAAACCAAUUAAUUUAUCCUAAUCACAUCAACCCUGUUAAACUACAGAUUGGGUAUCAAAAUCAAUGCCAGUCCGGUUGUGCCUAAAUUUGAAACAGGAGCUGAGAACACCUACUAUAUAUGAGCUCAUCCAGCAUGAAGAUACCAUAAAUCAAGAGCUUGGCUCCAUUAAGGCAUCCUCUACACAGUUCUGAAGGCUGAGUCGGCCUCACUCCAUAGUUAGGUCGAGAAUUAGAUUUAAGAAGUUCAUCUGUUUGUCAUGGUUAACUGUUAAAUAAGGUGUCAUACUCCACUGAAGAAAAAAAUAUUGAGGGAUUGUGAACUAUGUCAUGUUUGAUUGUGAACUUGGUGUAUAAUGUUCUGUGUCUAAAGUUUGCCCCAGUGCUACAUUUGGGAGUAUGCAUAUGUCUGUGUUUUGCCAAUGAAGUAAGAUUUUGCCUGUAUGGUACUGUGUUUUUUGUGAAUAAAGUGCACUACCCCCCAAUUCA